UCGUGGAACUGGCGGUGGAUGAUUAUGAGGCGUACUCGAUUCCGAGGAUGGAUAGCUCUGACGACCCUGAUAUAGUCUUCUUGCACGACUUGGGCGGCACAGACCUCACUCCCACAUCAUCUACGACAUAUGCAACCCGGGUGUCCGGAAACAAUUCUGAAUUUCCAAUUCAGCCUCUGGGUCACGUCCUGGACAGUAGCACGCAAGAAGACCAUUACGACGAUCAUUUCAAGACUUUGAUUGCAAAGAUCCUGAUACCUCAUGAUGCGAACCCUCAAAGGGGGGGACAACGAUGGUCCCGGAGUGCCAUCGUCUCGCACUCUAAGACCUGGAUCCCGUCGAAUCUUCUAGCGCAAUCAUUCAGGCACUAUAGUGAUGCCAUUAAAGCAUGUAUCGCUGAAGGAGAAGGCUCUUCUGCAACGCUUCCUCUAACAGCUUCGCUGUACCUGCAUUUCAUUCUUCUCCUCUUCGAUACAUGUUGUGCUUCUCGGNGGUUUUUGCCAGAAAAACAAGUAUGGACUGCGCAUGUUAAUCAGCUCGCACGUCUAGCGUACCAACUAGACCUCAUAGAUGACUCUCAGGCGUCUCUUCUGUGGUACACCUUUCAACUGGAUCUGAAUUCGUCUCUGGCAGGUGACUCUGAAGCUGGUGCCUUUGUGCGAGCAUACAAAACGAAUGAAAACCUAUUACCUUUCAGGUACAGGCCACGAUCUUUCUCCGCAAAGUUGAAGAACAAAUCGUACGAUGCGACCGCCUACAAUCACUGUUUGGGUAUCAAGAAUUUCAUAUGCACCAAGCUCGCCGACCUCAGUCAGCUGGCUACUGAGACCCGUGCAAGAGUCGAGCUUGAUCCUGCGAGCAGUGCUGAUGUCCAGAAGCAUAUCGUCCGGUUCGCAGACCAGCUCCAGCGAUGCUGGCAGCAAAAGUUAUGGAGAUUUUUGUCUGUCAGCUUAUCGCGAGUUGAACCUUCAUUGGCCCUCAGAAUCAAGACUAUAUAUGACAGAAGCUGCAUCCAGUAUUCUACCGCCAUGUUGUAUCUCUACACUAGCAUGUAUGCGAAUCAGUACUGUCAUAUCCCUGUUGCACAGCACUCUGAUAUUGCACGGCACUCGAAACAUAUUCUGUAUCUAGCAUCGGAAAUGGUUGGGACCAGCAGCUCUGGGCAGUGUCACCUUGUCCUGCCAACUUUCCUAGCUGGGAUAGUGAGCUGCAGCAGUCAAGACAGGGCCGUAUGCCGGGCUCUUUGUCAUGCACUAAAAGACGGAUGUUUCAAUCUGAAUACCGGCAAAGUUGAAGCACUGCUAGACAAAGUAUACUCGAGACAUACAUGUCGGUCGGGCAAGAAGGGAACGUGUUCAAGGGGAAUGGACUGGAUAUCGCUUGCCAGAGAAUGUGGUAUAAUGGAUGUCAGUCUCGGCGUU